UUUCCCUCAAACUCACACAAACUUAACUCAACUAGAGAGAGAGAGAGAGAAUGAGAAUUGAGUUACAAGAGUAACUUUCCUAUUGGUAGAGAGAGAUGAGGAGAUGGAGACAAAAGUGUUCAGCUUUUUUAGGGUGAAAGUGAGAUCUUUUAAGCGCACAACCCAUUUAGCAUAGCAGAAACAAAGAAAGAAAGAAAGAAAGAAAGAAAGUCUCUCUCUCUCUCUCUGAGACAUAGUUAUAGUUAUAGUGAGAGAGAGUGUGUGUGAUAAUAGACUUAAUGUACACGCCAUUACAUUACACACUGUUUUCUCUGAAUCAAAUGAAAUGAGUUAGAUAGAUGGAUGGAUAGAUAAAGUCUCUCUCCCCAACCAUAACUUUUCAGCAAAUUAGGUACUUUUUUUCUAGAGAGACAUGUUGGACUAUGAAUGGGGUAACCCAUCAAACAUCAUGCUUACCGGAAAUGAAGACAACUCCGGUGCAGCAGCCACCGAUCAAGCCCACCGUCAAAUCUUCGACCACUAUGCUUCUCAAGCUAUGUUAUCCGACAACUACCUUAACGGACCUGGUGGUGGACCCACCAUCGACAUAAACAGUGGUGAUUUUACUCAUCACCACAACCAGUUUAGCCCACACAACCAGCAGCACCAUAAUAUCCAUCAGUCCUUCUUCGACCCACGGGCUUUUCAUGGAGGGUCAUCAACUGCUUCUUCUUACCCUCCACCUCAACCACAACCUCCUCCUUCCAUGCUCUCCCUUGACCCUCUUCCUGGUCAUGGACAUAGCCCUGGAUUCCUCCUCGUACCAAAAUCCGAGGAUGUUAACAGACCCAUUGACUUCGUGGGCUCUAGACUUGGACUCAACCUUGGUGGCCGCACUUACUUCUCUUCCGAAGAUGACUUCGUGACCCGCCUUUACCGUCGGUCUAGACCACCUGAACCGGGUUCCACAGGUUCUUCGAACUCACCUAGGUGUCAAGCCGAAGGUUGCAAUGCUGAUCUAUCUCAGGCUAAGCAUUACCACCGCCGCCACAAAGUUUGUGAGUUUCACUCGAAGGCAGCCACCGUCGUUGCAGCUGGGUUGACUCAGCGGUUCUGCCAGCAAUGCAGCAGGUUCCAUCUUCUAUCUGAGUUUGAUAAUGGAAAACGUAGCUGCAGGAAGAGAUUGGCUGAUCAUAAUCGUCGUAGGAGAAAAACUCAGCACCCUAAUACUCAAGAUAUUCACAAAUCUCACAAUACUUUGGAUAGUUCUGCCACAAGAUCCCCUCCGGAGUCUGGAACUCAAUCCACAUCUUCUGUGACUGUGGCCGUAUCUCCACCGGAUUAUUUUCGACAAAGGUCGUACCAAACCCCAAGCCCUUCAACAACUUCAAGCUCAAUGUUUUUCUCCACCGGGUAGUGAACGUACUCGAGCAAUGUGUAGCUAUUAACUAGUAGCAUGCAUUCCAGUUUAUUUAAUUUAAUUUAAUUUGCAUGGCUAAUUAAUUAAUUACUAUAUUUCUAAGAAGAAAUUAAUUAAUGGAGGAGUGUCACUGGCAACAACAAGAAUAAUGGAGUAUGUAAUAGUUAAGUGAAGUCACACUUGUAACCUUUCUCCCAAUAUUAAUUUCAUUUUAAGCUUUCUAAUA